GGCAAUAACUUCAGGACAUCUUUUCAGUGAGGUGACACCACGCAGUUGAGACGACCCUGUCUGCAAAGCGCCGCGCUCCGCAAGGACCGUCAGCUAUAGUCAUGAAGGUUUUGUGCUCGGUAUUACUGCUGCUGCCCGUAGCUGCCGUCGGAUUCGUUCUUGACAGUUACCAACCGGAGGGUUGUGAUGCCGAGACGGAGUUUGCAUGCAGCAGCGGAGAGGAAUGCAUCCCCAGCUUCUGGCAGUGUGAUGGACAGGUAGACUGCUCAGAUCGUUCUGAUGAGCUCGACUGCGGGGAAAUUGAGUGCAGCAGUAACGAGUUCAAGUGUCACGACAAUCAUUGCAUUCUACAGAAGUGGGUUUGUGACGGUUUUGCAGACUGCAUGGAUGCAUCGGAUGAGCUCAGCUCAACUUGUGCCAGCCCGCUGCCGCCAUCCUGCGAGGAGGGUUGGUUUGCCUGCCCUGAGGGUCUCGUUCAGUGCAUCCCCGCCGCGUGGGUGUGUGACGGCGACGGCGAUUGUGGCAACGGCAGUGAUGAGCUGGACUGCCCGGAGCCCAUCUGUGACGAAAACCUGAACUUCCAGUGUGUGUCCAGCCACAGGUGUAUUCCAAAGACCUGGAAGUGCGACGGGGAUAGUGAUUGCAGUGAUGAUAGCGACGAAGAUGUCGUACUGUGUGGAGAAGCUCGGCACACCUGCGAUAGUGGUUAUCGCACCUGCGGUAGCGGCGAGUGCAUAAUCGAGGAAUGGUGGUGCGACGGACUGGCAGAAUGCAGCGACGAGUCCGACGAGGCUAACUGCGACAGCAUCGAUCAAAGGACAUGCCAGCCAGACGAAUUCACCUGUCCCGCUGAGAACACCUGCAUCAAUCGGCUAUGGGUCUGCGACGGUGACCAGGACUGUGAAAGCGGGACAGACGAGGAAGGCUGUGCAGCCAUGACCUGCGCAGAUAAUGAGUACCGGUGCGCGACAGAUCAAGGUCUGAGGUGCAUCCCAAGCAGGUGGACUUGUGACCAAGAAGACGAUUGUGGUGACAACAGUGAUGAAGAUCCAGAACUGUGUCAGGAGCUUGCGACUGAGUCUCCCUGCGGAAGCUACGAGCGCGUGUGUAAUAAUGGAGACUGCAUCCACGCCAGUUGGUGGUGCGACUCUGAAAUGGACUGUAUGGAUGGGGAGGACGAGAGCCAUUGCGGAAACCAGACCUGCCCUCCGAAUAGUUUGACCUGUGAUUCAGGCAAAUGUGUACCAUCCUCUGCACGUUGCGAUGGCAUCCGACAAUGCAUGGACAACUCAGACGAAUUAGACUGUCAAGAUGGCGCUUGCAGCCUGCCAGACUUCUUCCAGUGCCCUAGCGACGUCUCCUGCCUGGAGAUUUCUGCGGUCUGCGACGGGAUCGACGACUGCCCCAACGGGGAGGAUGAAACCGAGUGCACUGUUCAGCCUUGCACUGAAGACAAUGGAGGCUGUGAAGACCGACAGUGUCUUACAGUCCCUAAUGGGUUUUACUGUGAGUGCGGUGAGGGGUACGAGUUCACCGUAUAUGGAUGUUCAGAUGUGGACGAAUGUGCCCUGACCCCCAACCCCUGUCCCGGCAUCGACUGCUCCAAUCAGCGCCCAGGAUACACCUGCGUCUGUCCCAACCCCAAGUACUACCUCGAUGCCGACGGGCGCACCUGCAAGUCGGUCUCCCCGACGCCCCCGAAUCUGCUGCUUGCUGCUGGCGAUAGAGUGUUUGCGCUGAACGCUACGCGUCGGGACGGCGACUUGGUUGCAGAUCAAUUCCGCAGGGCAGUCACUCUGGGAUAUGAUCCAGACACUGGCGUCGUGUAUGUGGGAGACGUUGGGGCAAAACAGAUCAAAAGGUUCACCUUAGCGGAAGAUGGCACCGCUGACGCUGCAGUAAUAGCAGACAUGAGCACUUCUGACGGCAUGGCAUUUGACUGGAUCUACAAAAACCUUUACUGGACCGAUACCAGCAACAACACGAUCAACGUCGCGUCAGUCGAUGGGGACACUCUGUCCCCUAAAGUACUUAUCAAUGAGGGACUGGAUGAACCAAGGGCGAUCGCCGUAGACCCAAGAGAAGGGUACAUGUACUGGAGUGACUGGGGCAAGGAGCCCCACAUCGGCCGUGCCGACCUAGACGGGCAGUCCCCAGUGAGGUUGAUCACAGAUGACCUGGGCUGGGUCAACGGACUGGCACUGGAUUACGAGGACGGCCGCAUGUACUUCGCCGACGCAACAUCUGAUCGACUGGAAUCAGCGGACUUGAAUGGCCAGGAUCGCCGCGUCAUCCGGAGUUCCACUGACGCCGACGAGGUUAAGCAUCCGUUCGGUGUGGCUGUACAUCAGGAUACUCUGUACUGGUCCGAUUGGAGUAGCGAGGCCGUUCACUCGGUCAACAAAUUCAGUGGGGAAGGAUUGGAAACAAUCUAUCGAGACGUUUCAAGUCCCAUGAAUUUGGUGCCGACUCAGGGUUACUACGAAGCCGUCAACCUUUGCGAGGAGGCAGGUAAUCCUUGCUCUCACCUCUGUCUCCGCUCCCCGUCUGCCUCCGAGGGAUUCACCUGCGCCUGUCCAGACCAGGCCACCUUAGCUGGCGACCAGAGAACCUGCAUAUGCAGCAAUGGCAACAGACUGUCCGAUGAUGGCAGCACUUGCACUGAUGAGAAUCGUUGCCUGGUCACGCCUGAGCCGUGCCCAUUUAUCGACUGCGUGGACACCAAAUCCGGCCCCGUCUGCAUCUGCCCAGAGGGUUACACCCUGACCCAGGAAUCUAAGGGAGCGACGUGCCUCCAUUCCUCCCCAACCAAACCCAAUCUACUGGUCGCCGACGGCCAGAUAGUCAGGGAUGUCGAAACGCUCUUUGGUACCGUGGAAGCCAGGAUCGGUCGCUUGGUUUCCACGUUAGUGUUAGCCUACGAUGGUCUCCCCGGCAGCGAGGCCGUUUACGUCAGCGAUGCUGGCACUGGAACCAUUUCACGAAUUGGUUACGCAAACAGCGAAGAGGGGAACACCACACUGAUCGUGUUUGGUACCGGUCCCGUGUUUGGCCUUGCGUUUGAUCCCGUCCACCGCUACCUGUACUGGACGGACAGCCGGAAAAGCACAAUCGGCGUGGCCACGUGGGACGGGGGUUACAGCAAGGUGCUUCUGACGAGACAGGAGGGCGUAAACACGCCCCGGGCACUGGCAGUGGACCCAGAGAAGGGGUACCUGUACUGGAGCAGUUUCUCACCGAGGUUUGCCCAGAUCUCCCGGGCGGGCCUAGAUGGCAGCAACCCAGAGGAAAUAGUGUCUGAUUCCCUCCUGCGACCUGUCAGCCUGGCCCUGGAUCCCUCCCAGGACAAGAUCUACUGGGUGGACGCCGGGCACCAGACCAUCGAGUCGGCCAAGACGGACGGAAGCCAGCGGCGGGUGGUCAUGCGGGAUAUUUCCAGGCGGCCGUUUGGGAUCGCUGUCUACCAAGACAGAGUGUACUGGGAUGAUGCCCCAAAAAGCUCCAUCUUUUCUGCCAACAAGUUCUCAGGGUCGGACUCGGAAGUUGCGGUGAAGGGUCUACGCAGACCAAUGGGGCUUGCGCUUGUGGUCCAGCCCGACGAUAUGUUACCAAAUGCUUGUAAGGAGCCUGGACAGGGUUGUACCCAUUUCUGCCUCGGAGCCCCCAACUCCAACGGCUACACCUGCGCCUGCCCCGGAGACACCACCAGACUGACCAGGAAUGCAGGAAGCGCGGUGGGCGUUUGCCUCUGCGCCAACGGGAGUCUCUUGCACCAGGACGGUCUGCAGUGUCAGAAGCCCGGCGGAGAUUGUGAACGCAAUGAGUUCCAUUGCAAGCGGGACAGCCAGUGUAUACCAUUGGAGCAGACCUGUGACGGGCAACCCCACUGCGCUGACGGCUCGGACGAGGAAUGCGAGGGAGGCUGCGGGGACUGGGGUUACCAGUGCAGCGGUGGAUCCUGCAUACCGCUAUAUCAGCGCUGCGAUGGCGUUGUAGGCGACUGUGGUUAUGGCUAUGAGGACGAAAUCAAUUGUGAAUCGGCUACGGACUGGUGCAGUGAAACGGCUCCCGUCCCAUGCCCUGGGGUGGAGUGUGUAAAUCUGUUGAGCGGACCGCAGUGCAUUUGCCCGGAGAGCUACGGUCUUAAGCCUGAUGGACGAACCUGUGCAUUUGCCUACCCAACAAGACCGAGGGUGCUGAUGGCUAGUCAAGAGAAUAUCCUGUCGUUGGACACGCUGCUGGAUAAUGUCCGAUCCGUUGGAGGGGAUUGGGAGAACGCUGUCAGUGUCAUCUUUGAUUUCAGUUCCCAGUACAUGUUUGUUGCUGACCCGGGAAAACGGUCCUUGGAAAGAUUCUCCACCACGGGCGGGUUCUUCGGGCGUGACAUUUCCAUCUCGGACCAGACCGUCCUGUCCGCGAACGCCUCGUCCGUAGAAGGCAUCGCAUACGACUGGAUACACAGGAACCUGUACUGGGUCAACACCGGCAACAAGUCGAUCCUAGCGAUACCGUUUGACGGCCGGCUCCCUUCAAGUCUGGUACUCGGCGGGCUGGGCAAGCCUAGGGACGUCGCUGUGGAUCCCAAAGAAAAGUUCAUGUACUGGACUGACUGGGGAGACUCCCCAAUGAUCGGCAAGGCUGGCCUGGACGGCUCCCAGCCCACCCAACUGGUCAACAGCAGCAUUGUCUGGCCUAAUGGUCUGGCGCUGGACUAUGAGGCCCGACGGGUCUACUGGGUGGACAGUAGGCUUGACCGCAUGGAGUACAUCGGCUUUGAUGGGGACGGACGGCGCAUUCUCAUCCAUGAUAACCUCUUGAUGAAGCACCCUUUCGGUAUCGCGAUUCACGAGGACCUAGUCUUCUGGGCUGACUGGACGACCCAGAGUCUGGCCUAUGCCAACAAGUUCACCGGGGAGGUUGCCAAAUUGACGGCCCUGAAUGUUCAAACUAUGUUCAUGUCCAUUGUCAGACAGUACCUGCGAGGAUUUGAAAACGUCGUCAACCACUGCGAAGGGCACCACGGCUGUUCCCAUCUCUGCCUUCCCUCCCCGUCCAGCCAAUCCAACCGCACCUGUGCCUGUCCCCUAACAGCCCACCUAGACGCCGACAGCCGGACCUGUCUCUGUCUGGACGGGACGCGACUUCUCAGAGACGGCAGGAGCUGCGAGACGAGGCCAAUUUGUGAACGCAGUGAGUUCCAGUGCAAGACGGACGGCCUGUGCAUUCCACUGACGCGCACCUGCGACGGGCAAGCCCACUGCACCGACGGCUCGGACGAAGAAUGCGACGGGGGCUGCGGUGACUGGGGUUGGCAGUGUGACUCGGGAGCCUGCAUACCAUUAUACCAGCGCUGUGACAGGGUACCAGGCGACUGUGGUUAUCACUAUGGCGAUAUCCUCGAUGGCUACGAGGAUGAGGUCAAUUGUGAAUCAGCCCCCGACUGGUGUAGUGCAACUGAUCCCAUCCCUUGCCCUGGGGUGGAGUGCGUGAAUUUGUUGAGCAGAGCACAGUGUGUUUGUUCAUAUUACUACGUUCUUCAGCCUGACGGACGAACCUGUACAAAGGCCUACCCAACAAGACCUAGGAUGCUGAUUGCAAAACGUGAUGCGCUAAUGUCGGUUGAUACACUGUUUGAUACAGUUAGUGAAAUUGAAGGCGAUGGGGAUUGGGAGGACGUAGUUAGUGUCGUCUUUGAUUUCGAGUCCCAAUACUUGUUCGUAGGUGAUCCCAUGAGGAGAACCGUUGAAAGAUAUGACACCAGUGAUGGCUUUUUCGGGCGCGACCUUGAAAUCUUCAACCGCACCAUCGUGGCCUCGAGUACCGGGUCCUUAGAAGGGAUGGCAUACGACUGGAUAUACAAGAACUUGUACUUUGUCAGUACGGACGGACAAGCUAUCUUAGCGGUACCGUUUGAUGGAAGGCUUCCUGCCACUGUCAUACUAAGUGGACUGGGCAUUCCAAGAGGUGUCGCUGUGGAUCCUAAGGAAAGGUUCAUGUACUGGACUGACUGGGGAGAGACCCCAAUGAUCGGCAAGGCUGGCCUGGACGGCUCCCAGCCGACCCAACUGGUCAACACCAACAUUGUCUGGCCUAACGGUCUGGCGCUGGACUACGAGGCCCGACGGGUCUACUGGGUGGACAGUAAGCUUGACCACAUGGAGUACGUCGGCUUUGAUGGGGACGGACGGCGCGUUCUCAUCCAUGACAACCCUGACGUCAUCAGACAUCCUUUUGGUGUCGUCAUCUAUGAGGAUCAAGUUUAUUGGAAUGACUGGCAGUUGCAUAGGUUGUCAUCCGCUAACAAGUUCACCGGGGAAAUUACAAAGGAAAUUUAUCUCCCAGAGCAACCUAUGUUCAUGUCCCCGGUCCGACAGCUCCCAGAAGAGUUUCAUGAUGUCGUCAACUACUGUGAUGUCUUUCCCGGCUGUUCCCAUUACUGCCUGCCAUCCCCAGCCAGCCCGUCUGGCAAUUUCACUUGCGUUUGCCCUCCUAUGACCUACUUGGACACGGACGGAAGGACCUGUCUCUGUCAGAACGGAAAAAUGCUCCGGAGCGAUGGUGCCGGGUGUCAGGAGGAGCCAAUCCCGGAUCCGCCGUUACCCCUGAGGGUCCGUGGCCUGACCCGCAGUUACCUGGCCGACCACAGUCCAAAGUUUGACAUGAGCUGCGUCGUCAAGGAAGACGAGGGAGUGAUCUGCACUCCAAGGGGUGCAAAGGAGGUCACCGUCGCUGCUCCUGAAGGACGGUAUGAAUGCCGCGCUCCACGUAAUUAGUAUGCUGCAUAGAGCAAGCCCAGGUACCUGACUAGAAUCCAUUUAUGAUCUCCAUUUGUUAAGUGACUUACACUUGGGUAGAUGUUGAUUAGUAGUCAAGUAACAAAAUGUGUCCAUGGAUAUGCAUGGUUGGAUUGAGCAAUGGGUUUGUAGUUUUAGUAGUAAUAAUGUUUAGGCAAAACAAAAAAAAAGGUCUCUGGUUUCUGGUCUGCGCACGCAUUGCCGAAGCGCGUCGGCAACAUUUUUUUAAAAUUGUCUUUCAAGGUAACACGAUAUCUCAAAUACCAAACUCACUGGUUUGACUGGAAUCCUGCUGCUGCACAAUUUUAACAUGUUAUUAGAUGGGGUUACGAUCGAGUAUAAUUUUUAUGUGGCCUCUCUGGGCUUUUAGUGCAAACGUUGACAUUGUCUAUUGCUCUUACAUCUUUUAACAGAUUUUGUCACAACAGAUUUUGUUAACAGAUUUUAAACACAAACUUUGUCAACAGUAUUAGUAGCCCAGCCCCAACAUGAACAUGACCAAACUGGGGUCAAAGG